AUGAGGAACGGUCUCCUCAUCGGCCGCUCGACCCGUACUGAGUGCGUCCACCUCGACCGCACUGUCACCAGUCCUGCUCCGAAUCAAGCAUAUACAAGCGGACAAAGCUAUCAGCAACGAUUCGGCGCCGUCUUUGCUACAGCAUCUGAGUUGGGCUCCGUCGAAAGGAAUCCUUCCUUGAAAAGAACAAGAGGAUACGAACUCGCAGCACGAAGCACGACAAAAUUCGACUACACGAAUCACUCGUUUGCGUCGGGUACACCGCUAUCCAAGGUAUGGAAGUCUCCUACGCGACAGGGGAUCGCCCGAAACCAAGGACUAGGCUAUUUGACUACGGUCAGGUCUCCAGCAAGUACCGUCCUCUUGGCUGUUAAAGUCUCGUGUGACAAUGUCUCGGGCACGAGGAUUGUGGACUGUAGCCUUGCCGAACAAGCAGCGCCGCCCGUUGCGGCUCGUGAGAACGUCGAACCUGAAUAUGCUGACGUCAUUGGCUGGAUGUUGGAUCCAUCAUGGGUCGAUACAGCCUCGUCGAUCAAUACAACAACAUCUCUGCAAAUACCAAUUACUGCUCUAUGA